AUGGCGGCUGAACAGAGAAAACUGCUGGAGCAGCUAAUGGGCGCUGACCAACUCAUUGGUACUGGCGCCCAGGGUCGCAAUUCUCAGCUUUCCAUUACGGACAACAAGGUCUGCCGCUCCUACAUUGUCGGGACCUGCCCGCAUGACCUCUUCACCAACACUAAGCAAGAUCUUGGUCCCUGUCCGAAAGUACAUAGCGAGGGAUUGAAGACCGAAUACGAGACAGCUUCGUCAGCGGAUAAAGCAAAAUGGGGAUUCGAUUUUGAUUACAUGCGGGAUAUGCAAAAGUACAUUGAUGACUGUGACCGGAGGAUCGACACCGCGCAACGUCGACUGGAAAAGACUCCGGAUGAGAUCCGACAGACCAACAAUCUGCUCAAACAAAUUGCCGAUUUGAACAGCACAAUCAACACCGGCCUUCUUGAGGUUUCCGUCCUCGGCGAAACUGGGUCCGUCGCAAUGGCCAUGAACGAAAUGCACAAAGUCCGAAGCGCAAAACAUCAGAAAGAAACUGCCGAGCGAGACCUUAAGAACCUUCAGGACACCUCCGGUCCAUCCGGUCAUCAAAAAUUGCAAGUCUGCGACGUGUGUGGCGCCUACCUGAGUCGACUCGACAAUGACCGAAGAUUGGCAGACCACUUUUUCGGAAAGAUGCACAUGGGAUACUCGGAUAUGCGGAAGACUUGGAAGAAGCUUAGCGUUGAGCUGAAGGGUCGGGCACCUCCUGUGCGCCAUCAUGAGGAGGAGGAUCCAUACAGUGCUGGACCUCGGUCUGGGCGUGGUCAGCAGCGAUAUGGUGGUGGUGGGGGCGGGGGUGGAGGAUACAGACGACGUGGACGGUGGUAA